AGCCCCGCCGGGGAUGCCCCCGAGCCUGCCUUUCCGGGCCUAGGGCCCGGGGCCCUGCGGCAGGCCGCCCUAGCGGCGCGCGGCUGCGGGCGCAUGGCCGACCAGCGGGGCGGCGAGCUGGGCCGGAUGCUGGCGGACGGUGAGGAGCCCGGAGACGGCGCGGCCUUGAGCAGCAGCCGCGGCGCUGAGGGCUGGGGCGAAGCGGCGUGGCGCCUGAGGCGCGCCUGGCGCUGCCCCCGCGCCGCCGCCCCGGCCCUCUGCCUCUGCGGCCUCGCGGGGGGGCUGGCACUGGCGGCGGGCUGGGCCAAGGAACCUCUGCGCAGUGCAGCGCGACGACGGGCGUCGCAUCCCGCAGCUGAUGCUGCGGUGGGCCUGAGCGAACACCGCCAGGCUCUGGCGCCGGCGGAUUUCGCGGACGACGUGUACGUGGAGCUGAAGAGCGACCCGAUGGCGGGGGGGUUCUUGAAGAAAGGCGCCAACGGCAAGUGGUCCGUGUGGCCUCGCAUGGGCGGCAAGAGCUUCAAGGGCUUCAUCGGCUACGGCUAUCACCGGGUGCACGCGAAGGGCGGCAAGGUUGCAGAUGAUAUCGAUCCACAAGAUUGGGAGGUC